AUGGGGCUCAAGGCUCGCAGGGCGGCGGGGGCGGCCGCCGACGGCGGCGGCGAAGGGGGCGGCGGAGGCGGCGGGGCAGCUAACCCUGCCGGAGGGGACGCGGCUGUGGCUGGCGACGAGGAGCGGAAAGUCGGGCUGGCGCCAGGAGACGUGGAGCAAGUCACCUUGGCGCUAGGGGCCGGGGCCGACAAAGACGGGACCCUGCUGCUGGAGGGCGGUGGCCGCGAAGAGGGGCAGCGGAGGACCCCGCAGGGCAUCGGGCUCCUGGCCAAGACCCCCCUGAGCCGCCCAGUCAAGAGGAACAACGCCAAGUACAGGCGCAUCCAAACUUUGAUCUACGACGCCCUGGAGAGACCGCGGGGCUGGGCGCUGCUCUACCACGCGCUCGUGUUCCUGAUUGUCCUGGGGUGCUUGAUUCUGGCCGUGCUCACCACCUUCAAGGAGUACGAGACUGUGUCUGGAGACUGGCUUUUGCUGCUGGAAACAUUUGCUAUUUUCAUCUUUGGAGCCGAGUUUGCUUUGAGGAUCUGGGCCGCAGGAUGUUGCUGUCGAUACAAAGGCUGGCGCGGACGACUGAAGUUUGCCAGGAAGCCCCUGUGCAUGUUGGACAUCUUCGUGCUGAUUGCCUCUGUGCCAGUGGUUGCCGUGGGAAACCAGGGCAAUGUCCUGGCCACCUCCCUGCGAAGCCUGCGCUUCCUGCAGAUCCUGCGCAUGCUGCGGAUGGACAGGAGGGGCGGCACCUGGAAGCUCCUAGGCUCAGCUAUCUGCGCCCACAGCAAAGAACUCAUCACUGCCUGGUACAUCGGCUUCCUGACACUCAUCCUGUCUUCGUUUCUUGUCUACCUGGUGGAGAAGGAUGUGCCAGAGGUGGACGCACAAGGAGAGGAAAUGAAAGAGGAGUUUGAGACCUAUGCAGAUGCCCUGUGGUGGGGCCUGAUCACACUGGCCACCAUCGGCUACGGAGACAAGACGCCUAAAACCUGGGAAGGACGCCUGAUUGCCGCCACCUUUUCCUUAAUCGGCGUCUCCUUUUUUGCCCUUCCAGCAGGCAUCCUUGGCUCAGGACUGGCGCUCAAGGUACAGGAACAGCACCGUCAGAAGCACUUUGAGAAGAGAAGGAAGCCAGCUGCCGAACUCAUCCAGGCUGCCUGGAGAUAUUAUGCUACCAACCCCAAUAGGAUUGAUCUAGUGGCAACCUGGAGAUUUUAUGAAUCAGUUGUCUCUUUCCCAUUUUUCAGGAAAGAACAGCUGGAAGCAGCAGCCAGCCAAAAGCUGGGUCUCUUGGAUCGGGUUCGCCUUUCUAAUCCUCGUGGUAGCAAUACUAAAGGAAAGCUAUUUACCCCUCUGAAUGUAGAUGCCAUAGAAGAAAGCCCUUCUAAAGAACCAAAACCCGUGGGCUUAAACAAUAAAGAGCGUUUCCGCACCGCCUUCCGCAUGAAAGCCUACGCUUUCUGGCAGAGUUCUGAAGAUGCUGGGACAGGCGAUCCCAUGGCAGAAGACAGGGGCUAUGGGAAUGACUUCCUCAUUGAAGACAUGAUCCCCACCCUGAAGGCUGCCAUCCGAGCUGUCAGAAUUCUCCAAUUCCGCCUAUAUAAAAAAAAGUUCAAGGAGACUUUGAGGCCUUACGAUGUGAAAGAUGUCAUUGAGCAGUAUUCCGCAGGGCAUCUUGACAUGCUUUCCAGGAUAAAGUACCUUCAGACGAGAAUAGAUAUGAUUUUCACCCCUGGACCUCCAUCCACUCCAAAACAUAAGAAGUCUCAGAAAGGCUCAGCAUUUACCUACCCAUCCCAGCAGUCUCCAAGGAAUGAACCAUAUGUAGCCAGGGCAGCCACAUCAGAAACUGAAGACCAAAGCAUGAUGGGGAAGUUUGUAAAAGUUGAAAGACAGGUUCACGACAUGGGGAAGAAACUGGACUUCCUCGUGGACAUGCACAUGCAGCACAUGGAACGCCUGCAGGUCCAUGUCACAGAGUACUACCCGACGAAGGGGACCUCGUCCCCAGCAGAAAAGGAAAAGAAAGAGGACAACAGGUAUUCUGAUUUGAAAACCAUCAUCUGCAACUACUCAGAGACAGGCCCCCCAGACCCACCCUACAGCUUCCACCAGGUGCCCAUCGACAGAGUCGGCCCCUAUGGGUAUUUUUCACGUGACCCCGUGAACCUGACCCAAGGGGGACCCAGUUCGACAAAGGCUCAGCCCACCCUUCCCUCCUCGGGAAGUACAUAUGCAGAGAGGCCCACAGUUCUGCCCAUCUUGACUCUUCUGGACUCGUGUGUGAGCUACCACUCGCAGACAGAACUGCAAGGCCCUUAUUCGGACCGCAUCUCACCCCACCAGAGACGCAGCAUCACUAGGGACAGUGACACGCCUCUGUCCCUCAUGUCCGUCAACCACGAGGAGCUGGAGCGGUCUCCAAGUGGCUUCAGCAUCUCCCAGGACAGAGAUGAUUAUAUGUUUGGCCCCAGUGGGGGAUCGAGCUGGAUGAGGGAGAAGAGGUACUUGGCUGAGGGGGAGACGGACACAGACACAGACCCCUUCACGCCUAGUGGUUCCAUGCCUAUGUCAUCCACUGGGGAUGGCAUUUCGGAUUCUAUAUGGACCCCUUCCAACAAACCCGCGUAGAAGGGGUCACUGGAUGACUCCUGGUACUGUAGACAGACUUUGUACAGCUCACUUACUCUCACGCCUAGCACUUGCAAUGGUGUAAGUGGCUGUGUCAAGCGCAUGCAUGUGCGCGGUGGCCCCCCUACAAGCAGGGGCUUCUCACAGCCUUCUUCCUCCCUGUGUCACUGCAACAGAUUCGCUUCCUUUUCAGCAUGGUUUGCAUGACUUGACACUAUAUAAACGGCACUGUUAGUCUCUUCUAGAUACACCUUUAUCUGCUCUUCUUACUUUCAAUCAUGAUCAAACAAGUACAGGGAGACUUACUGGUGAGCUGUGCUAUUUGUUUGGUUGGCUGGUUUGGGUUUUGAUUUGGAUAAACUGAGAGCAGGGUUUAAGUUAUUUCAAGGCUCACUUCCCCUUUGUGUAAAAUUGCUCCAGUUAAAUCAACUGUUUUCUAAAGCAAGGAAAUAAUUUUCUCAACCAAAACAUACAGUGCAUUCCAAAUGAGGCUGGAGGGCAGGAACAAGAUAGUCAAUCAACACCCAAAGCCAAGAUUUUGAAAAUUAUUUCACUAAUGGAAGGCUGGUAAAAGUAUUUAAACACUCCCAAAGGGACUUGGUCUACUGUUUUACAGUACUGUGCCUCAGUUUCCUCAUCUGUAAGAUGUUGGUGAUCCAAAAUAUAACAUCACACGUAUUUUGGAUUGGUGAGGAGAAAUCUUCCAUACAUACCACAAACACAGAAAAAUAGUUCCCAAUUUAUGUAGCCAAAGAUAAUGAAAUUUCCCAGAAGUGAGGUGCCCCCUCUUGGCAGGAAUUAUAUUUCAUGUCUUCAAAAUAAGAUUCCAACCCACUCUUCUGCCUGUACUUGAAUCCCAAGUGGAAAUUAGAAUCAAGAGCGAUUAUCUCUCCAAGUCCUCUAUUUAAAAGUAGGAAGUUUGGGCACAAGUCAAGUGACAUUCCUUGAGACACUUGGUCGUCAUGUAUAGAGUAAGGACUCCAAGCCUCUGCCUGGUGAUGACUCGCUCCUUGCCUGAGUUUUCCCCUCCCAUUAUCCCAUGUGCACACCCGGAUGCAGAAAUCGUGCCAAGACACCAGCACUCUUUAUCCAUGAGAUAUAAUCUCCACUCUUUAUUCAAAGUGAGGAGGAUAUCUACUUUGAGCGCAAAGCAUGCUCAUGUGAUGCUUUGUAUGGGGGAUCCAGGGUGGAGAAUACAAACUAGUUAUGAAUAUCCAAAUAGGAAGAAUUCCCAGAAUCAUUCACUUUUACUCUCCUCCCCCACCCUGAAAUUUUCAAAAUGAAAAUACUAGAACCACCCAAAAUCAAAAGAGCUGCUGGAGUGUCAGCCAACAGCCUAGAGAUCCCUGCCCUACUGCAGGAGGAUGGAUGCUAAGCACAAGCCACCCUGUGGCCUCCUGGGAGGUAUUGCUACAUGCUGCAAACCUCUGAUUAAAAAAAAGGUUGGACUUUGGCUAUUCUUGCUAGAUCACUACGCCACAAUAUUAGUGUCUCAGUCUUCUCACGAAUCAAAACACUGGUUUUAAAUCAUUGCCAUGGUGACCAUUAAGGUGAUAAAAAUACCCUAAAUAAGUGUUUACAUGCCAAUGCUGUUUGCUCUGUUGUCAAGAUCCAUAGAUACCGUGGCAGACAUCUGGCUGAUGGUUUCAUAAACUCCUGAUCCUAGGAUCCUGCCCUGUGUUGGGUAGAGAUUCCACAGCAAUUGGUUUCUUUCAAUCCACAUGCUGAGAUUGGUCCUGUACAAACUGCUGAGAAUAAGUAAUGGCAAAAGCUUGCCCCAUGAUAUAGGUACUUAAAUCCAAAUCUUUCAAUUCCACGAACUGUGACAAGCACUGAGAAUGGAAAGGGGUACCUUUCCAUGGAUGGUAUCAUGAAUAGAACCAUUAAGUUCAAGGCAGGCAAUAUAGUCACACACAUUGGAUGCAGACUUUUUUGGUUUGCAAAUUGACUUUCUGACAAUCUGAAAGACAAAGGCUGUUGCCCUGUCUUCCCAGUUCUUUCAAUAUGACUUCAGUGGUACCACUGGGGCUAUAAGAAAACUUACACCUCUUCCAAGGGACGUGGUUCUUGAAUCUGACCUUCCUAGAAUGUUUUCAUCAGAAAUAGGUGUACUAUCUAGCACCAAAUAUAUGCUACCCUUCUUUAUAUGCAUGGGAUUGGGGAGGAAGUUAGAGAAAAAUAUGUACCAUGUGAUUUUUCCUAACAUAUUCACAUUCCUUCAGAACUUCCUGGCAUUGGUAUACUACAUGUGGAUGCAUUUCUUCAGGAGUUCAGUGGAGUUCUUGGUCAAGAAUUCUGUGAACUGAAGCUUGCAUUGUCUUGCAAGCAAGCUAUAAGUAAGCAGUCUUGUUUUCCUAAUUCAAAAUCAGAGGGGCAGAAAUUAGUUUUGUAUUGAUUAUCAGCUUAGCAGAUGUCAGUUGUCUGUAUCAGAUAGGCACAACCAAAUACGUAGUGCAUAGAGGACUGCUGUGAAGAGCCCAUCUAAGAGAACAAACAGGAGAAAGAGGGUCUGGAGUCCUUCUACCGUAAUAUUCUUCUAUAGAAUUCUAGACCAGCAAACAAAACCUACUCAUCUAAACCUGUUGGUACAUUGCCUGAUUGCCCAUGGCUGGCACUGAGGAUGCAGAAGUUCUACUCUUGGGGAUGAAAUGAUGGCGUGUGUGUCCCAUGAAGAUCUUUUGUAAGUCAAGAAAAAAAAUAAUCGAAGGACAAAAUAAUCCUAAAGAAUUGGAUACCAUGUACCAAAAAUCAUACAAGUCGCUCUGCAGCGUGCUGAGGAGAUCCCAGCAGUUUUUUGCAGAAACCUAGAAAUACU